CAGAAUGUAUUCCAUUGCAAUUGCCAUCAAAUUGCUAGACAGUUCUUUUUCCUCCUCCUAAGUUCUAACAUAACAUAUGUUACAUAUGUCUUGUCUACAUAUUCAACAGUAAACAUUAAACCCCUCAAAAAAUCAAAGGUCAGAAAUUAUUGCCCACAAAAAGAACCUAAAUUGCUUGCAAUCGAAGGCACUACCCUUAACUAGCCAGUUUCUUCCCCAUCAAUCAAGAAACCUUAUCUCCACUCCCAAAAAAACCCUAGCCUCCUUUUCCACCCUUUCCCCUUUCCCAAACAACCAUAGCCCAUCAUGGGUCCUGAAACUUCCUCGCAAGAACAGCAAUUACGACUAGCACUGACAACCCCAGCACCACCAGCUUCAGCACCGGCAAAAACGACACCAGUCAGUACUAAAACGACAGCGUUAGCUCCUGGGUUUCGAUUCCACCCAACAGAUGAAGAACUCGUUAUCUAUUACUUGAAACGGAAGGUUUCCAAUAAACCUUUCCGUUUCAAUGCUAUUUCCGAGGUCGAUAUUUACAAAAACGAACCUUGGGACCUUGCAGAUAAGUCAAGGUUGAAAAGCAGAGACCAAGAAUGGUACUUUUUCAGUCCACUGGACAAGAAAUAUGGGAAUGGAGCAAGAAUGAAUAGGGCGACAGGCAAAGGAUACUGGAAAGCUACUGGAAAGGACCGGGAGAUUCGGCGAGAGUGUCAACUCCUUGCAAUGAAGAAAACUCUUGUGUUUCAUAGUGGGCGUGCACCAGGUGGGCUGCGCACCAACUGGGUUAUGCACGAGUACCGGCUUAUUGAUGAAGAAUUGGAAAGAACCGGAGCUAUGCAGAUCGACUCAUAUGUCCUCUGUAGAGUGUUCCACAAGAACAAUAUAGGACCACCAACUGGGAACCGCUAUGCCCCUUUCAUCGAGGAGGAGUGGGAUGAUCGUGGAGCAGCUCUCAUUCCAGGAGAAGAUGCUGCUGAUGAGGUGGUGGUUACUUAUGAUACUGGUGGUGAAAUGCACCGUACCGAGCAGGAUAGUCAUUCCAUCAAUAAAAGUCCUCUUGGUAUUACCGAAGUUCCGGGGGACUCUCAAAAUGCCUUACCUGUGUGUAAGACUGAAAGUGUGGAGGAUUGUCCUCCACUGUGUGUGCUAAAUACAGAAGCACCCUUCCCUCUUCUCCAGUAUAAAAGAAGAAAGCACAAUAACGAGACUGGGUCUAACCGUUCAAAUGGUUCGGAGAACUCAACAAGGACAAGUCAGGAUCCUUGCUCAUCCACAACAACAACAGCAGCAACAACAUCAGCAACAACAUCAGCAGAAAUGAUGAUGGCGACAACUUCAGCAACAAGAACGGCAAUAUCUGCUUUGCUAGAAUUUUCUCUGAUGGAACCUCUGGAACCCAAAGAAAAUCCUCGUGUUCCCCCACCUGCACUAGAUGCUGCUAGUCUUGAUUCAUCAAUGUCUCCUAGCUGCAGGAAGUUUAUCAAUGAUUUGCAGAGUGAGAUCCACAAGAUUUCUGUUGAGAGAGAGACAUUGAAGCUUGAAAUGAUGAGUGCUCACGCCAUGAUUAACAUUCUCCAGUCUCGAGUUGACUUUCUCAACAAGGAAAAUGAGGAUUUGAAAAGGAGUGUCCACGCCAAGUGAAAUCCAGUCAAUCCUGAAUCAGUUUCCCAAACAAGGGAAACUAGUCUGUGACCGGUGCCAGUGUAAUCACACUGUUUGUAUGUAAUAAGAAUCAAAGACACUGCCGCGGCCGCCUCCUCUUCCCUUCUAGUCGGAUAAAUUGCAAUAUGUAAAAUUAGGAUUUUAUUGUCGUCUUUCAGUUUAGUCUUUCGUUGUAAGAGAAGUAAGCUGGUGGAUUUUGUUUCUUUGUACUUCUGCAGUGGAUAAAAUGAAUUGCAUUGUUCGUAGUUGAA